AAUAUUUCAAUUAGAUAGAAUAAUUAUUACCACACCCCACACUCUCCCUCUCACUCUAGUUCCAUUUCACAACCUUUUCAGAUACGAGCUGUGACACUCCCCACCACCACCACAACCGUCGCCCCACCGCCGGCAGGAGCAGCAGCCUCUUCAUUUCACUCCCCACUCUAAUCUCAUUCUGAAAACAUAAUAAUUCUACUACUAAAGUAUAUAUUCGCCCAUUUCUUCUUUAUUUAUUAGUAUAUCUCACAUAAAAACAAUGGAAUCACACAAAUUCUAACCUUUCUUACAUUCCUCCGAUAUCUAUUUCACCUAAUCGUUUUAUAAUAAGCACAGCAUAUUUCCAUGUAUCUCCCUUUUUCUUGCUCUGCCUUCGUCUUCAGCUGCUUCAUUUCUCUCAUCAUCUUCUCUACAGUUGCGUUUGGAGCAACGUUCACAUUCGUGAACAAAUGCCAGUACACCGUAUGGCCCGGUGUACUCGCAAAUGCGGGCAGCCCUAGGCUCGACAGCACCGGAUUCGAGCUCCCACAAGACUCAACCCGCUCCUUCACCGCCCCGACCGGCUGGUCCGGCCGGUUCUGGGGUCGAACCGGCUGCACAUUUCCCUCAUCCGGACCGGGUUCCUGCCGAACCGGCGACUGCGGCUCAGGCGAAACCGAAUGCAACGGAUCCGGGGCGGCUCCACCCGCCACGCUCGCCGAGUUCACCCUCGGCGGCGGCCUGGACUUCUACGACGUGAGCCUGGUGGACGGCUACAACCUGCCGAUGAUCGUGGAGGCGAGCGGCGGGUCGGGGAUGUGCGCUUCGACCGGGUGCGUGACGGAUCUGAACCGGGUCUGCCCGGCGGAGCUCCGGGUCAAGGGCGGCGAGGCGUGCACGAGCGCGUGCGAGGCCUUCGGCAGCCCGGAGUACUGCUGCAGCGGCGCGUUCAACUCACCCGCGGCGUGCAGGCCGUCGGUAUACUCGCAGAUGUUCAAGACGGUGUGCCCUAGAUCUUACAGCUACGCGUAUGACGACCCCACCAGCACCUUCACCUGCUCCGCCGCCGAUUACACCAUCACCUUUUGCCCUUCCAUGCCCAGUCAGAAAUCAUCAAAAGAACCAACGCCAACAGCGACAACUACAGGGUCAGGAGCAACUAUUACAGACGCGUCGCAAUCAGGGUCAGACCCGAACAUGGGCGGGUCCAGUUUCGGAGUAACCGGUUCGGUGGCCGGGUCAGGGUCUCAAGAAAUGAUGGGUGAUGGAUCUUGGCUGGCUGGUUUGGCCAUAGGGAAUUCACCUAGGCUUUCUUGCGGCACCCAUUUUCUUUAUCUCAAUUUCUUGUUUUUAGGGUUUGCAGCUCUCUCUCUCUAGGAUACUGGGCUCUCCCACAUUUCUCUAGGAAUGAAGUUUUGGCUUUUGUUUGGUGGAAUCCCAGCUUUUUAUUUUAAUUUAGUUCUAAUUUCUUUGGGGUUUGGUCUUUUUCUUCUUGAAUUGUGUAUAUUUAAUGUUGUGUAGUAGUGGUUUUUGUAUUUCAUAUGUUUCCUAGUAAAGUGUGUUGGGUUUUAUUUGCUAUACUAAA